CUCAUGAGUAAUGUAAUGAAUCAUAGUAUAGAAAUUCAAAAACGUAUCUUUUGACUAAAUAGGCAGCUCAUGUGUACAUUGUAUGCACCACAACAAAUAAUUUACAUAAACUUCUUUUUUUUUUGAUUUCGUUUAUCAACUGACUCUAAAGGAUAAUUGCUCGCUUUUGCCUCAUGUUAUGGACAUUUUUUCCUAAAGAAAUACGUACAUAGUUGCGUACGCAAUGAAGAAGUCAUCCGGUUAUGAAUUAUGUAGUCAAACAUUUUCUCAGCAUCAGCAAUUAGAGACAGAGUUACUUACUAAUAAAGAAGACAAGCCUUUCGCCUGCGACAUUUGCAAUAAAGCGUUUUCUCAACGGCGGUAUUUAGAAGCACAUACAAUGACGCAUACAAAUGAGGAGCCAUUUACAUACGACAUAUGUAAAAAAGCUUUUACUGGAAAGCUGCAUUUACAGGCGCAUUUACAAACGCACACAAAAGAGAAACUGUUUGCAUGUGAAGAAUGUAAUAAAUUCUUUUUCAAAAAGUCGGGUUUAAAUAGACACUUACUUACGCAUUCUAGGGAUAAACCUUUUGUUUGUGAUGUAUGUAAUAAAAUAUUUUCUAACUGCUAUCCGUUAAAGAGACAUUUAUGGACCCAUGAGAAUGAGAAGCCUUUUGCUUGUGAUGUGUGUAAUAAAGCAUUUGCUGAUAAUUCCAAUUUAAAGCGACAUUUUCGAACUCAUACGAAGGAGAAACCGUUUGCAUGCGGCAUUUGCAAUAAAGAUUUUUCUCAAAAAAAUAAUUUAAAAGUACAUGUGGUGAUUCAUGCAAAAGAGAAACCCUACACAGACAAUAUUUGCAAUAAAGCGUUUUCUCAACAGCGUUAUUUCGAAGCACAUGAACGGGCGUGUACAGAUGAGAAGCCAUUUACAUGUGACAAAUGUAAUAAAGCCUUUACUAGAAAGCUGCAUUUGCAGGCGCAUUUACGAAUGCACACAAAAGAGAAGCGGUUUGCAUGUGAAGUAUGUAAUAAACACUUUUUCAAAAAGUCAGGUUUAAAUAGACACUUACUUACGCAUUCGGGGGAGAAACCUUUUGUUUGUAAUGUAUGUAAUAAGGUAUUUUCUGACUGCUAUCCGUUAAAGAGACAUUUAUGGACCCAUGCGAAUGAGAAGCCAUUUGCUUGUGACUUAUGUAAUAAAGCAUUUGCUGACAAUUCCAAUUUAAAGCGACAUUUUCGAACUCAUACGAAUGAGAAACCGUUUGCAUGCGGCAUUUGCAAUAAAGAUUUUUCUCAAAAAAAUAAUUUAAAAGUACAUGUGGUGAUUCAUGCAAAAGAGAAACCCUACACAGACAAUAUUUGCAAUAAAGCGUUUUCUCAACAGCGUUAUUUCGAAGCACAUGAACGGGCGCGUACAGAUGAGAAGCCAUUUACAUGUGACAAAUGUAAUAAAGCCUUUACUAGAAAGCUGCAUUUGCAGGCGCAUUUACGAAUGCACACAAAAGAGAAGCGGUUUGCAUGUGAAGUAUGUAAUAAACACUUUUUCAAAAAGUCAGGUUUAAAUAGACACUUACUUACGCAUUCGGGGGAGAAACCUUUUGUUUGUAAUGUAUGUAAUAAGGUAUUUUCUGACUGCUAUCCGUUAAAGAGACAUUUAUGGACCCAUGCGAAUGAGAAGCCAUUUGCUUGUGACUUAUGUAAUAAAGCAUUUGCUGACAAUUCCAAUUUAAAGCGACUUUUCGAACUCAUACGAAUGAGAAACCGUUUGCAUGUGACAUUUGCAAUAAAGCUUUUACUCAGAAACAGAGUUUAGAAGUACAUAUGCUGAUUCAUGCAAAGGAGAAACCUUACACAUGCGAUAUUUGCAAUAAAGCCUUUUCUCAACAGCGUUAUUUCGAAGCACAUAUAAGGGUGCACACAAAUGAGAAGCCAUUUACAUGUGGCAUAUGUAAUAAAGCCUUUAAUGGAAAGUUGCAUUUACAGGCGCAUUUACGAAGGCACAGGAAAGAGAAGUUUGCAUGUAAAGUAUGUAAUAAAUUCUUUUCCAAAAAGGCGGAUUUAAAUAGUCACUUAAUUACGCAUUCUGGGGAUAAAUCUUUUGUUUGUGAUGAGUGUAAUAAAACAUUUGCUGACAACUCCAAUUUAAAAGCAAAUUUAGGAACUCACACGAAGGAAAAACCGUUUGUAUGCGACAUUUGCAAUAAAGUAUUUCUUCAAAAUAGAGAAUUGAAAGGUACAUCUGUUGAUUCAUGAAAAAGAUAAACCUUACACAUGCAACAUUUGUAAUAAAGCAUUUUCUCAACAGCUUUAUUUCGAAGCACAUGUACGGGCACAUACAAAUGAGAAGCCAUUUACAUGUGACAUAUGUAAUAAAGUCUUUACUGCAAUGCCGCAUUUACGAAAACAUACGAAUUAGAAACCUUUUUCAUGUGGCAUAUGUAGUAAAGAAUUUGAUGACAAUUUGAAUUUAAAGGAACAUUUGCGCUUGUAUCCAGUAUCGCUUGUAAUAAAACAUUUUCUGUACGCUUUAAUUUACAUAUACAUUUAUGAUACAUAUGAAAGAGAAAUAUAAACUGCAUGCAUGUGACAUAUGUAGUAAAGCAUUUUUAAGAAAAUCGGGUUUAAAAAGACACUUACUUUCGCAUUCCAAAGAUAAACCAUUUGAAAGCGACGAUUUAAUAAAGCGUUUACUGAAAAGUUAUGUUUAAAAAAAAGCAUUUACGAAUACAUGCGAACGAGAAAUCGUUUGCUUAUCGCAUGUGUAAUAAAAUGUUUGCUGAUGAAUCGAAUUUCAAAAAACAUUUACAAACGCAUAAUAAGGAGGCACCUUAUGCAUGCGACAUUUGUAAUGAAGCGUUUUCUGAAAACUCGAAUUUAAAAACGCAUUUACGAACGCAUACGAAAGAGAAACCGUAUGCAUUUGACAUUCGUAAUAAAACAUAUUCUCUGCAAUCCAAAUUACAAACGCAUCUACCAAAGCAGGCCCAUGGAAGAGAAAUCAGUUACAUGUGACCUGUGUAAAAAUGUAUUUUCUGAAAUAUCCGCUUUGAGAAAAAAAUUUAAGCAUAUGAAAUAAUCUUUUGCUUGUGACUUUUGUAACAAAAAUAUUCCUUACUCAUCAUCUUUAAAGAUAUAUCUGCCUGGACAUAUAGAAAAAAAAUCCAAAUAUUUGUUAUGAUUAUUGAAGCACUUUCAAGUAACGAAGGUUUCAGUAUAUGUUUUUUAAUUAACAUAUACUGAAAAGAAACAAUAUCCCUUAGGGAAAUGUAAUUUAACUUUUUGUUUGAAAUAAAAUAUUAAUCUUAAGCAAUGCUUGAAAAUGAUAAGUCACUAUUAAAAAUAGAAUAUUUUAAAAUUUGACAAAAUUUUCAAUUCCUCCUUUAGCAGCAGACUACUUGGAGCAUGUGAUAACUCAUGUAAUGAUUCAUGACAUAAUGCUUCUGUUCUUUAUAAUGACAUAAUAUUUAUAAUAACAUAAUGCUUCUGUUAUUUAUAAUGACAUAAUAUUUAUAAUAACAUAAAGCUUCUGUUAUUUAUAAUGAUAUAAUAUCUAUGAUAAUAUAUUUCUUUUGUUGUUUAUAAUGCCAUAAUAUUUAUAAUAAUAUAAUGCCUCUGUUGUUUAUUCAUUUAACUUUAUGUAAUUAUAUACUUGCAAAUUCUAAAACAUUUUUUUAAUUUUAUGCUUAUAUUAUGUGAUAGUAUAUUCAUAUAUGUGGAAAUUUUGCAAAUGCGAUAUGUACAUAAAAGGAUAUGUAUUCAAAAUAAUGGUGUUAAGAAAAGGUGAUUAGCAUAACAAAAUUUAUUAUAAGAAAAUGUGUGUGUUUUUGAGAAAAUUAAAAUUAAUAUAUGUAAUGCAUGCAUGUAUACUUAUGUAUGUGUACUUAUACAUGUAACGCAUUUUACAUAAUUACAUGCAGUUAUAUGGAACAUGAUGCAAAUAUUCAGCAUAAUAUACUGAAGAAUUUUAUAAAGAAAAAUUCUUGCACUGAAUCAUAUGUGCCUAUUUCAUAUUUUUUCUUUGU